CUCAAUCACCGGGCGCCGGAAGCGGGGCUGGGGGGUUGUCGAGGGAAGCUGAGGCCCGCUCGGGUGGCCGGGAUGCCGUCGGGGAAGGUUUUCCGCCGGCGGAGAGCGGACUCCGAGGACGAGGAGGAGGAUGAGCAGGUCACCGAGGAGGUCAGAUUAAAACUUGAGGAAGCAAAAGAAGUUCAGAGUCUCAGAAGACGGCCCAAUGGGGUGAGUGCUGCAGCCCUGCUUGUUGGGGAGAAAUUGCAAGAAGAGACAACGUUGGCGGAUGAUCCCUUUAAGAUAAAGACCGGUGGGAUGGUGGACAUGAAGAAGCUGAAAGAACGCGGCAAGGACAGGAUUAACGAAGAGGAGGACCUCAAUCUGGGAACCUCUUUCUCAGCAGAAACCAACAGGCGGGAUGAGGAUGCUGACAUGAUGAAGUACAUUGAGACAGAGCUGAAGAAGAGGAAGGGGAUUGUAGAAAGCGAGGAGCAGAAGGUGAAGCUGAAGAAUGCCGAGGAUUGUCUGUACGAGCUGCCGGAGAGCAUCCGCGUCUCUUCAGCCAAGAAGACCGAAGAGAUGCUGUCCAAUCAGAUGCUGAGUGGCAUUCCUGAAGUGGAUCUGGGAAUAGACGCAAAAAUAAAAAACAUAAUCUUUACUGAGGAUGCCAAGGCAAGGCUGCUGGCGGAGCAGCAAAACAAAAAGAAAGACAGUGAAACCUCCUUUGUUCCCACAAACAUGGCUGUGAACUACGUCCAGCACAACAGAUUCUACCAUGAGGAGCUGAGUGCACCAGUGAGGAGGAAUAAAGAAGAACCAAAAGCUCGUCCACUGAGAGUGGGGGAUACGGAGAAGCCAGAACCUGAGCGGUCCCCGCCGAAUCGCAAGCGCCCACCCAAUGAGAAAGCAACAGAUGACUACCACUAUGAGAAAUUCAAGAAGAUGAACAGACGAUACUGAAAUCUGCUCAGUAGAACAGUAUGGACCAAACAUUUUGCUAGAGCUUUUAAGUGCAAGAUGUUGUGUAAAAACUCCUGAAGUGGACGGGAUCACUUCCUAUAGAUUUUUAGUAUUACCCACAAGAUUUUUUCUCACAGUAAAGUCAUAGUGAAUUAGUGGGCACAGUGCUUGUGACAUCUCCCUUCCCCGUGGUGACUUGUAUAUAACUUAUUUUGUUAUAAAACUUUUUUUUUUCUUUUCUAAAUAUGUUGGCUUCCUGUUUGGCAUUUAUUUUAGCGUAAAGUCAACCUUGUUCAUAGAUCUUUUCACCUUAAAAAAAGAAACUUUUUAAAGACAAAAAUGCUUUCAGCUUGUAAACAUAUAGUCUAUGUUUAAAGCUGGUUUGCCAGAUUGAGGUUCCAAAGCAACUUCAUAAAAAGGUACUUUUUGUUAGUUCCAAAGGGUGUAAAUUGUAGACAGUGUGCGACUCUGAGAUAAUACAGGAAUUUGUUCAGCACACAGCAGUAUUCAACUUCUCUUCCAGUUAGAGUGGGUGCCAUGUAAGAUCUUCAAUGUGUGCUACUCUGCAGGGAUUGCAGUAUGACAGGAUUUCUUAUCUUCAGUGUAGGGAAAUACAGCAGUUACUGUAGGUGCGUGAAUAAUUAAUGUGUUUGAGAUUUUUUUAAAUGAUGCCCAUUGUGUUUGUAUCGUUUCCUCGCCAUGGAUUUAUUUCCAUAGCAAUGAGGGUUUUUUCAUUUUAUUUCAGUUGCCAAGAAUGAGAAAAAUCAUUAUUGUAACUAUUUUGAGGCCUUUCUAGAUAGCGAUGAUGUAAGAUUUUGUGUCAGAAAGCCAAACAAAUAGGAAGCAAACACCAGCUAUAUAUUUCCAGAAACUGUCUGUAAAAUAAAUUAAAAUGAAAUUGAAAAUGGGUUUUGAACUUUUAAAAAAAUAAAUAAAACUUUUAACUUGACAUCAGUGAGAUUCUGUUACUUCAGUAAUGUGCACACUAGAUUCAUCCCAUGCCGCUUGUAAUGAAGUCCUGGAUGUACUUAAAACAAAUAUUAGUCAAAAAAUUUCUAAAGUUGUGUGAAAUUGACAAAAUCAUCAAAUCGGAACAAGUAGCAGCAGCAGCAACUGUUGUGAGAGUUGGGAUCAUGAGCCAGCUCACAUCCAGUGCUUUAGUAACGUUGUUGGAUGCUUUCAUGAAUGAUUUGUAUCAAGUCAAACAAAUUUUUAGAGUGAAGUAUACAACAGUGAAAAUGUAAAUGACUGGUUUGUCUGCCUGUCUAAAAUACUAAAGAUACUGGUAGGUUCAGGAGUUUGAUAAUGGCAGAUAGGCUUUCAUCUGCUCAAAUCAAUCUUCAUGGUGUCAUCUGCCAAAGUACUACUUGAACGUUGUUCCUAGCUGAUAGCUGUUUAUCUUCGUUCAAAUGAGUUUGAUGGUGUUGGUCCAAUUGUUAAGCACAUGCUCAUAUCACAGAAAUUACCCCUCACAGUUAGCAUGGUUAUUGGCAAUUUAAUGAGUGAAUAGAGCAUUGAGACUAGACUGCCUUCUCACCUCCAAGAAUUUCUGUUGCCACUACUGUUGGACUGACACCUUUCAAAUACAUUUUUCUUUGAGUUAAUUUUUAAAUCUCUGUAAAGAGGAGAAAAAUAAACUUUUCCUGUAAAUCAA